CCACCUCUCCGUCCGACCAUCUUACGUAGGCACACGAGCACGAGCCUAGCCGAGGGAUCCGUCACCUGCGACAACCAACCCGCCUUGCCAACAAUUGGCGUUCGAGCCGCGUCCAAGGCCACCUAAGCAGCUCCAAUCCUGACAAAUCCGCGCUCCGCGCUCCGCGACUCGUCCUGCCGACGCAGACCUAGACGUUGAUCCAGACGCUGUCGCAAGCAAAACCCAACCGCAAGCCAUCAUGACGAAACCGCGCCGUGGGGUUCGGUUCCCCAGCCGAACCGGAAACGGUCACGUUUCUUCCGACGGGAGGCGAUCCAGCUUCAGCGAGAUUAGCGAGGACGGGUCCGGGUCGCCGAUGAAGUCCAAGGGCUUGCCGCAAUUAGACGGCAUUACCGAACAACCGCUGGAACAGACCGAGUACGAGAAGAAGAAGGCCAACUUCCUCACGCGCACCUUCUACACCUUCGUCAUGAUCGGCCUCUUCUUCACGGCCCUAUUUUCGGGCCACAUCUACAUUCUCGCCUGCAUAACCGCCGUCCAGGUCGUGUCGUUCAAGGAAGUCAUCGCGAUCGCUAGCGUGUCGAGUCGAGCGCGCCAGCUUCGUCCCACCAAGAGCCUGAACUGGUAUUGGCUCGCGACCACGAUGUACUUCCUCUACGGCGAGUCCGUCAUCUACUACUUCAAGCAUAUCGUGCUUGUCGACCGGGUCCUGCUGCCGCUCGCGACGCACCACCGCUUCAUCAGCUUCGUGCUGUACGUCAUCGGCUUCGUCUUCUUCGUCGCCAACCUCAAAGCCGGCCACCUCAAGUUCCAGUUCACCAACUUUGCCUGGACGCACAUGGCCCUGUACCUGAUCGUCGUGCAGGCCCACUUCGUCAUGAACAAUGUUUUCGAGGGCAUGAUCUGGUUCUUCCUACCCGCGUCGCUGGUCAUAUGCAACGACAUCUUCGCCUACAUCUGCGGCAUCACCUUUGGCCGAACCCAGCUGAUCAAGCUGUCCCCCAAGAAGACGGUCGAGGGCUUUCUGGGCGCCUGGAUCAUGACCAUCAUCUGGGGCGUCCUCCUCACUAAUGUCCUGAUGCGCUCCAAGUACUUCAUAUGUCCCGUGAACGACCUCGGCUCGACCAUCUUUACCGGUCUCGAAUGCGAUCCGAACCCCGUGUUUCUCCCCCACACCUAUACCCUGCCUCAGCUCUUCUUCCUCCCCGAGGGGACCGGCCUCUCCUUUACCACGGAGCCGAUGCAGUUCCACGCUAUCAUCCUCGCCACUUUUGCGUCACUGAUCGCGCCCUUCGGCGGCUUCUUCGCUUCAGGAUUGAAGCGCACCUUUAAGAUUAAGGACUUCGGCGACUCGAUCCCCGGCCACGGGGGCAUGACCGAUCGCAUGGAUUGCCAAUUCAUCAUGGGCUUCUUCGCGUUUGUAUACUACCAGACCUUCAUCGCGCAGCAUAAGGUCAAUUUCGGCAACGUCAUGGAGCUCGCCAUCACCGGCUUAACGUUGGACGAGCAAAUGGAAUUGGUCAAGGGGAUGAGCAAAUAUCUGGAGAACCAGGGCGUGUGGGGACCCGAGGUGCACGAGUGUUUAGAAGGAGCAUUGCCCGCGCGGCGAUAGGAAUCAACUUGGGUGUUGUCCCGGAUGGGCAAAGGAGGUGGCGAGGCUGCGGGCAAGGGUGCUGCACAUUAUACAUAGCUACUCGGCCGAAGAAGCAGCCUAUUAAUGAUAUGAAUGAUGACCAGAUAAACGCAGACGUUUCUGUGUCGAAGAUGUCGUGCAACUAUAAGGUUCUCUUGAUUUCUUUUGACUCUAGGUGGCUUUGAGCGAUGGGGCAAAAAAGGGGGGGGAGGAGAGAGAGAACGUGGUAAAAUAAAAUACGGAGAAUUGAACGGAGUGUCCUAAACACCCGUAUAAGGGGAAUGGAGCGGGGCGGUACCACGAGCUUCGCCUCGCGCGGCUCGUGGAGCUUCGUGUGUAUAAAUAGAUACAGAACCAUACACAUGGUCCAUCGGUCGGUAUCCGGAUCGUCGAAGUAAGCAGCAGCAGCAGCAGCAGCAGUCUUGACAGGGACACAUUCCGAAAACCCUCACUUUUUUUGAACCCGCCCACCGUGGCAGUAGCUAGCGCGUCGUAUCGUCCCACCCUGUCGCUCUUCGAAGACGGGGCACGCGAGGACAGGUUUUGCCUGCCGGCUGUUGCCGGUAGCGGGGGUCAGCCGAGCGGGAUGGGGCCGAUGAAAUGCU